AAUUAAAGCCCCUUUAUGUUUACCAUGUCUUUAAAUCAUUUCCUUCAAGCCAGCUUCACAUGAAGUUAUCACUUUGUCAAAACACGAUCCAAACCCACAGCUCAGGGCACAGUGGGGAAGCAAACAAAGGGAGAGCUGAGUAGGUUGGAAAGUUUGGGUGAGCUGUUUGCUGGAAGCUGCCCGGCCCACCCCUCCGAGACCUCUGUUUCCCCCUGCGGCAGCUGUCAUCUGAUCCCACACUCAGGCUUUGAAUGGGGCUCUCUGAGGAUGCCAGAUGUUGGAAACAAAGGUCUAAAAAUAAUCUUUCCAAAUAAUCUCCCCGUCUAUCAUUCAAAGAGAGCAUGUGCUUUGUGUGAACACGCGAGCCGAGAACCUGGUCUAACUUGGAGUAAAGAAGUUCAACAGCAGCUCCUGGCUUCUGCUCCUGGGCUCUUUUUUUUUUUUCCCCCCUUUCCCUUCCCAGAAGCUGCGCAGGGAAAGCAGCUGCCACCAGAGAUCAGCCCUCGCGCUCCCUCCCGCCCCGUCUCCCUCCCUGCUUGCCAAGACUCUGAAUCGUCCGGAUCCCCAAAGCCAGGCUCCUUAUUCCAUCUCUCCUUGGGAAAAUGGAUUCCCAGGUGCUGUCAGGGAUGCCUUUUUGUAAAAAGAUCUUCACUGCAGCCUUGUGUGUCUUGGUUUUGCUGCCAGAUUCGGGCUGCGCGAGGACUCUCUGGAAGCGCGCUCUGCAUCUGAAAAUGACGGAGAAAUAUGAUGAUUAUGAGUACCCUCUUCAUUCUCACAGUUCCCACUACCAGAAGAGCGACCGCUGCCCGCCGCCGCCCCAGACGCUGCCGGAGCGCGCCUGCGAGGUGCCCAGCUGCCGCGCCGACGCCGAGUGCCAGCGGCACAAGCGCUGCUGCUACAACGGCUGCAUCUACGCCUGCCUGGAGUCCGUGCAGCCACCUCCAGUUUUAGACUGGUUGGUUCAGCCCAAACCCCGCUGGCUGGGAGGAAAUGGGUGGCUUUUGGACGGCCCAGAGGAAGUCUUACAAGCUGAGGCUUGUAGUACCACUGAGGAUGGAGAUGAGCCUCUGCACUGCCCCACAGGCUACGAGUGCCACAUCAUCAACCCGGGGAACACGGCUGAAGGAAUCCCCAACAGGGGCCAGUGCAUCAAGCUGCGUGGAAAUCCAGAUGGACACACCCUGAGGCAGAAGUAUUACAAGGAAUAUUUUGGAAGCAAUUCCAACAACGUGGUCGGCUAUGUGAAAAACCAGCAGAAGCAUUUAGGCUAAUCCAAAGCAUACCUGGUGUUUCCAAAGACAUCACCCUUCCUCGUGGUGCUAUAAUGCUUGGGGUUUUUUUCAAGCCAGUUCUUUCCAAGUUAUUGUCAAACUCAGAAGCUCUGACAUCCGUGAGGACUUCCAAAGAAAACACAGACCAAGUGAGUUGUCCUCAGAGCAUCUUCUCUCCAAAGACUUGCUUGCCUUGUGAAGCACAGUAGCAAAUCACUAACGUAGGUUGGUUUUAAUGUUCCCAUGUUCACUUUCAAGCAUGUUUGGUGCUAUAAUUACGUGUAUUACUGGGUGCUAGCACUGCUCAUGGCCUUCUGGACCCUCGCGUGCUGCCUGUGGAGCUGCUCUGCCUUGCAGCAGCUGAGGAUCUGCAGCAACCCCAGGCAGACCCUGCCUGGUGUGUGUCCUUGGUGCUUAGACAUGUACAGGUUCUGCCACUCUGGUGCUCAAUAAAAAAAUGACCAGUAUAUUUUUCAUCUCU